GUUUCCCCAAUAAAAAAAACCCCUAAAAUAGAUGAGAGAGAAAGAAACGAAGAGAGAGAAAAUUUAGAGGGAAAAAAAAUAAAAAUAAAAAAGAUAGAUAGGGUUCAGAGAGAACUGAAGAAAGAGAGUGUGUGCGAGAGAGAAACAGAAACCCAAAAAUCCCUAUUUCUGGUUUCGAUCUGAACAAAAACGCCUUCGUAUCUUCAUUCUUCAUACCUACAGUUUAGGUCAGAGAGAUCCACCAGAUCUAUACCAAAUUCAUUGAAUCAGCUAGGGUUUGGAUGAGUCCAGCUGCAUUGGAGAAGAUGGAAGAUGCUAAGCCUUCGGAAGCAGCAUCGGCCAACAAUUCACAAACAGAUAGCGCGGCGGCUACUGUCGACCCAUCUGAAGCUCGAUUCUCCGACUACUGCAAGAAUGGAAUGUCGUUGGAUGAGAACACUUGCACACAAGCUAUGAAGCUGUUGAAAGAAACCAAACACCUUUUACAGACUAAUGUUUCAGCUUUUGGCAACGGAACGGUUGAUGAAGCAGAAAGGUUUUGGUUUGCUUUUAUUCUGUUUUCUAUUAAAAGGCUAAGUGAGAAGAAGCAAGGGUCUGAUGAUAAUGGAUAUACGUUAUGCCAGAUAUUGAGAGCUGCGAAGCUGAAGUAUGUUUAUUCAAAUUUCCUUUAUUUUGUGAUCGAUUGCUUUUUUGUGUUUCGGGGUCAUCCUCAUAUUUUUGUUUUUCAUAGCAUUGUGGACUUCUUCAAGGAGCUUCCUCAGUUUGUUGUUAAGGCUGGUCCAACUUUGAGUAAUAUAUAUGGUGCAGAUUGGGAGAACAGACUAGAGGCAAAAGAGAUGCAGGCCAAUUUUGUGCACUUGAGUCUACUAAGCCAGUCCUACAAACGUGCAAUCCGGGAAUUUUUCUUGACAACUGAAGCAAAUGUUGAUAAGCAGUCUGCUGUUGCUAGUGCAUCUGGCUAUGUCUCAGACUACCACCGUUUUGGAUGGUUGCUUUUUCUGGCACUCCGUGUACAUGCGUUCAGCCGUUUUAAGGACUUGGUGACUUGCAUGAAUGGUUUGGUUUCCAUAUUGGCUAUCUUAAUUAUUCAUGUUCCUGUUCGCUUCAGAAAUUUCAAAUUUGAUGAUUCUCAACUAUUUGUUAAGAAAGACGGCAAAGGUGUAGACAUCCUCGCAUCACUUUGCAACAAAUAUCAAACAUCAGAAGAUGAGUUGAGGAAAAUAAUGGAAAAGGCCAAUAAUUUAAUAGCAGAUAUCUUGAGUAAAAAGCCUCAACCAGCAUCUGAGUGUAGAAUUGGAAACUUGGAGAAUAUCGACACAGAUGGUUUGACAUAUUUUGAAGAUCUACUGGAGGACUCAUCUUUGUCAUCCAGUUUAGGUAUUUUAGAAAAGGAUUAUGAUGGUGCAAUUCGCAGUAAGGCCGAACUGGAUGAGAGGGUUUUCAUUAAUGAUGAGGACAGCUUACUUGGUUCAGGGAGCUUGUCAGGAGGUUCUGUGAAUAUAAGUGGUGUGAAGAGGAAAUUUGAUUCGAUAGCCUCACCUGCUAAGACAAUUACAAGUCCACUCUCUCCUCAGCGCUCUCCUGCAUCUCAUGCAAAUGGAAAUAUGGGGGUUUCUAAUUCAAAGAUGGUAGCUACGCCUGUAAGCACAGCAAUGACAACUGCAAAGUGGCUUCGUACUGUCAUUUCACCACUUCCACCAAAGCCCUCAGCAGAGCUGAAGCGUUUCCUGGCAUCUUGUGAUAGGGAUUUAACUGAGGAAGUAGAUACAAGGGCAAAAAUAAUAUUGUUUGCUACAUUUCCAAGUACUGCUCAGGGAGAACAUUGUAUGUCUACAAACCUGCAAUCUGCAAAUCUCAUGGACAGCAUCUGGGCAGAACAACGGAAAUUUGAAGCACUCAAGUUAUAUUAUAGGGUAUUGGAAGCAAUUUGUAGAGCAGAGGCCCAAAUAUUGCAUGCAAGUAAUUUGACAGCUCUAUUGACUAACGAGAGGUUCCAUAGAUGUAUGCUCGCCUGUUCUGCUGAACUAGUUCUGGCAACCCAUAAGACUGUUACAAUGUUGUUUCCUGCGGUGUUGGAGAGGACUGGCAUUACAGCUUUUGAUCUUAGCAAGGUUAUCGAAAGUUUCAUUAGACAUGAGGAAUCCCUCCCGAGAGAAUUGAGGCGGCAUCUGAAUUCAUUAGAAGAACGACUUUUGGAGAGUAUGGUAUGGGAAAAGGGGUCCUCCAUGUAUAAUUCUUUGACAGUUGCAAGGCCUAACCUCUCCGCAGAAAUAAACCGUCUUGGACUAUUGUCAGAACCAAUGCCACCUUUGGAUGCAAUUUGCAUGCACAUUAACAUGAAUUCUAAAUUUAUUUCUGGAGGGGUUCCUCCCUUCCCUUCUUUGCAGAAGCAUGAGACUUCAUCAGGUCAGAAUGGGGAUAUCAGAUCCCCAAAGAGAUCAUGCCCGGACUAUCGAAGUGUAUUAGUGGAGCGGAAUUCCUUUACAUCACCAGUCAAGGAACGCCUCCUGGCCUUCAGUAACCUUAAAUCAAAGCCACCACCACCUCCUUUGCAGUCUGCGUUUGCUAGUCCAACACGGCCAAAUCCAAGUGGUGGAGGGGAGACAUGUGCAGAAACUGAAAUCAAUAUAUUCUUUAGCAAGAUUACUAAGUUGGCUGCUGUCAGAAUCAAUGGUAUGGUCGAAAGGCUACAACAGUCUCAGCAGAUUAGGGAGAAUGUGUAUUGUCUUUUUCAACAAAUACUAAGUCAGCGGACAUCUCUAUUUUUUAACCAUCACAUUGACCAAAUCAUCCUUUGUUGUUUCUAUGGAGUUGCAAAGAUAUCUCAACUCAAUCUGACCUUUAGGGAAAUUAUUUACAACUAUAGGAAGCAACCGCAAUGUAAACCUCAAGUUUUUCGCAGUGUCUUUGUUGAUUGGUCAUCUGCACGGCGCAAUGGGAAAACAGGACCAGGUCACGUUGAUAUCAUUACAUUCUACAAUGAAAUUUUUAUCCCCGCUGUAAAGCCUCUGCUGGUUGAGCUUGGCCCUGCUGGAGCAACUACAAAAACUAACCGAGUUCCUGAAGUCCACAAUAAUAAUGAUGCUCAAUGUCCUGGAUCGCCUAAAAUAUCUCCUUUUCCAAGUCUCCCUGAUAUGUCUCCGAAGAAAGUAUCAGCUACACACAAUGUGUACGUCUCUCCAUUGCGAUCAUCCAAGAUGGAUGCUCUGAUAUCACAUAGCUCGAAAAGCUAUUAUGCUUGCGUUGGAGAAAGUACUCAUGCAUAUCAGAGCCCUUCAAAAGACCUGACUGCCAUCAAUAACCGCUUGAAUGGUACCCGGAAGCUUAGAGGCACCCUAAACUUUGACGAUGUUGACGUUGGCUUGGUUAGUGAUUCUAUGGUUGCCAACAGCCUCUACCUUCAAAAUGGGAGUUGUGCAUCCUCAUCAGGUGCACCACUGAAAUCUGAGCAACCUGACUCCUGAUUCAAUGGGCUACUGUCCUUUUUUGUAAAUUCUUGUUCUUCUCUCAUUUCUUCACUUAUUUAAUCUAUACUUGUUUAGCUUAUGAUGGGGUGUUGUGUGAGCAGUGAGUUAUUGUAGAAUGGCUGCCACCACCCCCAUGUGCUUAUGUAAGUUAGGUAUGGAGCUUGAAAAAUGUAGUGGCUCUAAUUGACUAAUUUAAUAAAAUUUGUUUUCUGCUUAUUGUGGUUGUAAGUAUAUUGUUAAUCUUUCUCCUGUUAGUGCCUAUUCCAUAUGGGAUUUGG